GGCGGAGGCGUUGAAGGUGGUGGCCGCUUCGGUCGCGAAUUUUGUUUAAAAUUAAAUUUGAGAGUUUUUAUUUGCUUGUCGUUUAUCGGACGGGGAGGUUUCGUUUGAAGUUGCGCGGGGUUUCUUUUUUAAAUGUUUGUCGUUGCUUAAAAAAAACCGCGGAGCCGCAUUUAUUUAUUUAUUUCUCGUUUGGCGCCGAGCGAAGCUGACAGCUGCGGAUGCGAUGAGAGGAAGCGAAGUGAUGAUGCAAGGGUCAGGUGGUCUCCCGGCGGCCAAUCAGGAGGCGGCGGGCGAGGCGGCGCGGCGAGCCGAGAACUGCGUCGCCGAGUUGUCCAUCACCAACGGCGACGCCCCCUUCCUGCCCGAGGUACCCGUGUCUAUGGCCGUGCUGGGAAGCCAGAUGCUGCAGCAGCCGCUGCUCUCCUCCCAGCAGCUGGCGGCGCUGCUCCAGCAGCAGCAGCAGGCGCUCCUCCUGCAGCAGCAACAGCUGCAGGAGUUCUACAAGCGGCAGCAGGAGCAGCUGUCGGCUCAGAUCUCACGCAGCUGGCAGGACGGCAGCCUGUGCGAGGUGCCGUCCUCGGGGUCGUCGCUCACGCAGCAGCUGCUGCUGCAGCAGCAUCUGCUGAGCGUCCAGCGGCAGAGCCAGUCUCAGGGCGCACUGUCGGGCGGCGAGGUGUGGCGGGAGGGCGGCUGCGAUCGGCUCGGCGGCUCUGGCGCCACCGCCGCCGUAGGAGGGGGGGGGGCGCCCCCCCCCACCCACCGCAACGGAGCCGCUGAGCCGUCGCCGGGAGGGAGGCCUUCCGUGGGGGGCCCCGCGCGCGCCCCCCUCUCGCUGACCCCCUCGGUGUGCGGGGGGCAGUCGGCCCCCCUCGCCGCGGCCGGGACGUCGGGCUCCCUCAACGGGCACUCGCCUCCGUGGAAGGGCAGCCCGCCACCCAGGGAGGGAGGCAAGAGCCACGCGCUCUUCUGCCACGGGAUGUGCAAGUGGCCGGGCUGCGAGGGAGUGUUCAAGGAGUUCACACAGUUCCUGCGGCACAUGAGCACGGAGCACAUGCUGGACGACCGCAGUGCCGCACAGUGCCGCGUGCAGAUGCAGGUGGUGGACCAACUGGAGAUCAAGCUGCUGAAGGAGCGGGAGAGGCUGCAGGCCAUGAUGGUUCACCUGCGCGUGGGCCCUCCCGAGCAGAAGCCGCCGCAUCACCAGCCGCUCAACCUGGUAUCCACGGCAGCCGUUUGCCGGGCGACGGAGCCAAUGAAGACUCCGACCCCUCCUCCCAUCACCACCUCCACCACCACGGCGGUGGCAGCGGCAGCGGCCGCCCUCCUUGCGGCCGCCCCCCCGGCGCUGACCCCUUCGUUGACCCCGGGUUUGACCCCCGCGAUGACCUCGCUGGCCCCCGCCACCCUCGCAGCUCCUCUGGCGGCGAGCGCCUACGGGACGCCGCUCUGCGCGGCCGCCACCGUCGCAGCUAAAACCGCGGCGCAGCCUCAACCGCCCCCGGCGCCACCGCAACAACCGCAGCAGCCGCAGCAGCAGCAGCCGCAGCAGCCGCUGGCAUCAGCGCUGCCAGCGCUACUGGCGCAGGCGGGCGCGGCAUCUUGCCCCGCGGUGCCGCCCCCGGCGACCGUUGUCGCGGCGAUGCCUGGGUGCGUCGUCACGCCGACGGCAGGGGGAGGUUCGGCGAGAAGGAAGGUGGAGAGGGCGGCCAGCCCCCUGCUGCUCGACGUGUCCAAGAGCCACGACUUCUACCAGAGCACGGACGUGCGGCCGCCGUACACUUACGCGUCGCUCAUCAGACAGGCCAUCGUGGAGGCCCCGGACAAGCAGCUGACUCUGAACGAGAUCUACACGUGGUUCACUCAGAGCUUCGCCUACUUCAGGAAGAACGCCGCCACGUGGAAGAAUGCCGUGCGGCACAACCUGAGCCUGCACAAGUGCUUUGUGCGCGUGGAGAACGUGAAGGGCGCCGUGUGGACGGUGGACGAGGGCGAGUUCCAGAAGCGGCGUCCACCCAAGCUCGCCGGGAGCGUGGUGAUGAAGAGCUCAAAGUCGGGCCAUCAUUACAGCGCCGAUUACAACGGCAUGUCGUCGUACGGAGUGAUGGACAUUGGUGACCAGCUGCUGACCGGCAUGGGAGGCUCUCUGGCGGGACACCACGUCUACGAGGGCGAGGGAGACGCGUACUCGAUGGGCGACGCUCACACCAGCCCCAACCGCUCACCCCACGACUACGACACCGACUCGUCCCCCGACGGACGACUCUGCGAGCCCUUCCCGGACAUGCCCAUGCGCCGGCAGAAUCACCAUCAUCAUCAGCAUCAUCAGCAACAGCAGCAGCAGCAUCAUCAUCAUCAGCAGCGACAGUACCUGCAGAGUUUCCAGCGCCGGCACGGAGAUGCGAGCGGGAGCUGGGAGAGGCACGGCGAGCAGGCGGUCGCGCAGCACCUCGCGCACUCGGCGCGGGUGAAAGAGGAACCCCACGAUGACGAUGACGACGACGGCGGCGGCGGCGGCAACGGCGUGGAUGGGGCCCCUCCGCCGGUCGCCAUGGCGACGGAGGCAGCGGGAAGAUGCGGUGGCGGCGGCCACGAGAUGAUGAUGGAGCAGGAGGAGGAGGAG